GAGGAAGAGAUGGGCCCCUCUGAAGAAACCUUAGUGGAAGCAGCGCUCCGAGUUCUCAGCACCGCCGACCCGUUCGAGAAGGCGCGACUCGGCGACUCGGUGGCGACGCGGUGGCUCGACGGCGCCAUCGCCGAAUCCUACCACCCUCAUCGGAACCUUCUCGUCCCUGACCGCCCCGCAAGGCUUUCCACCGUGAGGUUGGUGCCACCGAGUCUCAUGCCGAAGCUGGGCAAAGCUGGCAGCUUGCAGAGCAGGGUUGCCAUUGUUCAUAGCCUUGCUCACAUUGAAAGCUGGGCUAUUGACUUGUCUUGGGAUAUAAUAGCUCGUUUUGGUAAGCAAGAGGCAAUGCCUAAAGAGUUCUUUACAGAUUUUGUGAAGGUGGCACAGGAUGAAGGGCGACAUUUCACUCUUCUUGCUUCACGGCUUGAGGAGCUUGGUUCUUAUUAUGGAGCAUUACCAGCUCAUGAUGGACUCUGGGAUUCUGCCACUGCAACUUCCAAGGAUUUACUAUCAAGAUUAGCUGUUGAACAUUGUGUCCAUGAGGCUAGAGGACUUGAUGUGCUGCCUACAACAAUCUCACGUUUCCGCAAUGGUGGUGAUAACAUCACAGCAGAUUUACUAGAAAGUGUAGUAUACCCUGAAGAAAUUACACAUUGUGCUGCGGGAGUGAAGUGGUUCAAGUAUCUAUGCCAGAGGUCUAUAAAUCCGUCCUCAGAUAAAGAAGAGCAAGAAACUUGUGCAGCAUCUUGUGGAAGUACAUCAGAUGAGAAUGAAGUGAUUCCAAAGUUUCAUGCAAUAGUGAGGACACACUUCAGAGGACCUUUAAAACCACCUUUCAAUGAGGCAGCUAGAAAAGCUGCUGGAUUUGGUCCUGAGUGGUAUGAACCGCUUGCUGUUAAAGAGGCCAAUACACAAUAACCAGUUCAUCUUCUUCAUUUCAUUUGGAGUUUCUUACUGCAUGCAUCUUGGGGAGCGGUAAGUAACACUUUGGUCUUUUUAUAUUUAUAUUUUAGGUUUAUUUUUCAAAAUACAGAUGUUUUGACUGGGAUCAGAACAUAAUUGUCCAGAUUAAAACAUCUUAUAUGAAUUUAGGAAGUUUACAUCAGGUUAUAGGUUAUAUCUCAUUGUUAUUAUUAUUGUAUUGCUAUUUGAAUUUUAAAGAGUAUAUUGUUUAGUAAUUUAAUGAUACAAGUAUUAUUA